GUUUUGGCGAAACCCGUCUUUCAUAUCAAACAGAGCCGUCGAAAGGAGGUCCCAAUCGACGACAAUAUGAAUGAGAAUAUAAACGAAAUCAGUGGCCAAAUCGAUAAGCGGUUAGUAAUGGCGGCCAAAGGUAUCGCUCGGUCACUGAGUGGCGAAGAGGCGAAGAAGACUGAAAACGAUUUGUUAAAACUCUUGAAACUGCAGAUUAUUGAAACCAAUUACGCCAAAAGUGGACAAAUUAUGCCGAAAGACAAAUUGGCAUCACUUUUGGGUGAUAUGAAAGUUCUUAAGGAGGAGCCGAGGGAGCAGUUCUUCACUCCAAUCGUACCAAUGAGUGAACAAAGAUCUUAUCAAACGAGAGGUGAAUUUGAGUCGAGAGACAGCGGACAAGAGUUUCGACAAAAACGGAGACCAUUUGAUAGGAGAGAAAGUUUUGGAGACUUUGAUGGACAGUCC